CAAUUCAAGUCAAGCUUUUUACAUUUUGCUCUCUCUCUCUCUCUCUCUCUCUCUCUCUCUCUCUCAUCUGUCUGUCUCUCUCUCCCCUAGGGUUUGAAAUUUGAAAGCGCCGCUCUUCCGGAUCGGAGAGUGUACUUUCGCUGUCCUACACUCCUCGGCAAUCAGAGUCUCAGAUUCACCAUGGCAAUGGAAGUCACCCAGGUUCUUUUGAAUGCACAAUCAGUGGAUGGAAUUGUACGGAAACAUGCAGAAGACACUCUGAAACAGUUUCAGGACCAAAAUCUUCCUGGUUUCUUGUUCUCUCUCUCAGCAGAGCUUGCAAGCAAUGAUAAGCCCGUAGAUAGUCGUAAAUUAGCUGGUUUGAUCCUUAAGAAUGCCCUAGAUGCCAAGGAACAACACAGAAAGUUUGAGCUUGUUCAAAGAUGGUUAUCAUUAGAUGUCACUGUGAAGAGCCAGAUCAAGACAGGUUUGCUGCAAACCCUUUCUUCUCCUGUUCCUGAUGCUCAAUCAACUGCAUCACAAGUCAUUGCAAAGGUAGCAGGCAUUGAGCUGCCACAGAAACAGUGGCCUGAGCUAAUAGGAUCACUCUUAUCAAACAUUCACCAGCUCCCAGCUCAUGUAAAGCAAGCCACUCUCGAAACUCUGGGUUACUUGUGUGAAGAAAUUUCUCCAGACGUUGUGGAUCAAGAUAAUGUGAAUAAGAUACUCACAGCUGUGGUUCAAGGUAUGAAUGCAUCAGAAAGCAAUAAUGAUGUUAGGCUUGCUGCUACCAGAGCACUGUACAAUGCUCUUGGCUUUGCCCAGGCAAAUUUUGGCAAUGACAUGGAGCGUGAUUAUAUCAUGAGAGUUGUUUGUGAAGCCACACUUUGCCCAGAAGUGAAGAUUCGGCAGGCAGCUUUUGAGUGUUUGGUCUCUAUUUCCUCAAUGUAUUAUGAGAAAUUAGCUCCAUACAUACAAGAUAUUUUUAACAUUACUGCAAAGGCUGUGCGGGAAGACCAGGAGCCUGUGGCUCUUCAAGCUUUGGAAUUCUGGAGUUCAAUCUGUGACGAAGAGAUUGAUAUCUUAGAAGAAUAUGGGGGUGAUUUUACAGGCGAUUCUGAUAUUCCCUGCUUUUAUUUUAUCAAGCAAGCUUUGCCUGCUCUUGUCCCCAUACUGUUAGAAACACUACUCAAGCAAGAGGAGGAUCAAGAUCAGGAUGAGGGGGCUUGGAAUCUUGCCAUGGCUGGUGGCACUUGCCUAGGUUUGGUUGCACGAACUGUAGGAGAUGAUAUUGUCCCCCUUGUAAUGCCAUUCAUUGAAGAGAACAUCACAAAACCUGAUUGGAGGCAAAGGGAGGCAGCUACAUAUGCAUUUGGUUCCAUCUUGGAAGGUCCCUCACCUGAUAAGUUAAUGCCUAUUGUUAAUGUUGCUCUAAAUUUCAUGCUUGCUGCCUUGACAAGGGACCCAAAUAGCCAUGUGAAGGACACAACAGCUUGGACCUUGGGAAGAAUAUUUGAAUUCCUACAUGGGUCAGCUAUGGAGACACCCAUAAUUACUCAAGAAAAUUGUCAACAGAUCGUCACUGUUCUGCUGCAGAGCAUGAAGGAUGUUCCCAAUGUAGCUGAGAAGGCCUGUGGUGCUCUUUACUUCCUUGCUCAAGGAUAUGAAGAUGUGGGUUCAUCCUCUCCGCUGACUCCUUAUUUCCAGGAAAUUGUUCGGUCUCUUCUCACAGUUACUCACAGGGAAGAUGCUGGGGAAUCACGAUUGAGAACUGCUGCGUAUGAGACAUUAAAUGAAGUGGUGAGGUGUUCAACAGAUGAAACGGCUCCAAUGGUGUUGCAAUUAGUUCCUGUCAUCAUGAUGGAGCUUCACCAGACGUUGGAAGCACAAAAGCUCUCAUCUGAUGAGAGGGAGAAGCAGAAUGAACUUCAAGGCCUUCUUUGUGGGUGCUUACAGGUUAUUAUUCAGAAGCUAGGGUCAUCAGAGCCAACUAAGUAUGUCUUCAUGCAGUAUGCCGAUCAGAUCAUGAAUCUCUUCCUCAGGGUUUUUGCUUGUAGAAAUGCCACUGUGCAUGAAGAGGCAAUGCUGGCCAUUGGGGCCCUUGCCUAUGCAUCCGGUCCUGACUUUGCAAAGUACAUGCCAGAAUUUUAUAAAUAUCUGGAAAUGGGUCUUCAGAAUUUUGAGGAGUAUCAAGUCUGUUCUGUCACUGUUGGUGUGGUGGGUGAUAUAUGCAGGGCAUUGGAGGAUAAGAUCUUGCCUUACUGUGACGGGAUUAUGACUCAGCUUCUAAAAGACUUAUCAAGCAACCAGUUGCAUCGAUCUGUAAAGCCUCCCAUCUUUUCAUGCUUUGGCGACAUAGCACUGGCUAUAGGAGAGAACUUCGAGAAGUAUUUGAUGUACUCUAUGCCUAUGCUUCAGAGUGCAGCAGAGUUGUCUGCCCACACAUCAGGUGCUGAUGAUGAAAUGAUAGAGUAUACAAAUCUUCUGCGAAAUGGGAUACUGGAGGCAUACUCUGGGAUACUUCAAGGGUUUAAAAAUUCGCCCAAAACUCAAUUGUUGAUUCCUUAUGCACCUCAUAUCCUUCAGUUCCUUGAUAGCAUUUAUAUGGAGAAAGACAUGGAUGAUGUGGUGAUGAAAACUGCCAUUGGGGUCCUUGGAGAUCUAGCAGAUACACUAGGAAGUAAUGCUGGUUCUUUGAUUCAGCAAUCUUUGUCAUGCAAAGAUUUCUUAAACGAAUGCUUGUCCUCAGAGGACCAUUUGAUUAAGGAAUCUGCAGAAUGGGCCAAGUUGGCCAUUGGCCGUGCAAUUUCUGUUUGAGACUACAGCCACAUGGUAUAUUUUUGCAUUUAGGAGUCCCUGCAUGCAUAUGGGUGUGUCGAGUUGGGGUCCGGGAUUUGCAUUCACUGCAUCGGGUCAUCACAAUUCUCAGACAACAAUAUUAACUGGUCUUCAAGUUGUCACUAACUCUUGCAUCAGUACCAUGGGAUCGGGCUUUCCCUUGGUGACAGUGGAAGUGUACAUUCAUAGCUCCUCAGAAAUGGAUAAAGUCCAUCAAGAAGUAAUUAUAUCUCUGAGGAUUGGGUUGGGAACUGGAUAUACGAAGACGUGCUGAAAAGAGUUUAGGCUGCCUGGUUACUGAUUCGUCAUUGACCCUCGAUAUGGUUGGAAUGCCAGAGAAAUACCCAAUACAGCCUUGAAGGAAGCCAUCUUCUCCAAGUGAUUGACCUUCCUAUGGCGACUGAAUAGCCAACUGCAAAGGGCUGUUCAGGGUGUCCCGGCACUUCAAAUUUCCUUACUUCCAUUUUCACCUUCUUCAGGUUAUCGCUCUCUUAUUUCUUAAGCCUCUUUUACUUAUUUCCUUUCUUUCUUUCUUUUUUUGGCCGGGGGGGGGGGGGGGGGGGGGGGGGGGGGGUUGCGCUAAUCUGUGUCUUGCAUUGUUUCAUGUCAUUGGUUUCUUGUCGGUCACAGUCAGGUUGCAUAUCUUUUUGGUCUUCACUUGUUUUUAUACUCAUGGUGUUACACUUUUUGGGGGCACUGCAUCUUGCAUUCUUUACAUUUAUUUUCUGCUUCAGGAAUUAGCUUAGCGUUAGGUAAUGAAGUCAGAUGUUCUAUUCCAUACUCUGCAUCCAUGAAAGCAUGUGUUCUGCCUUUGUUCUUGCUUUCCAAUAUAGGUUUUCUUUCCUUCUCUCUCCCGGGUCUUUUUGCCCUUGAUGGAUUGGAUUGUAUAAUCUCAAGUUUGAACUCUCCUAGGGUGCUAAAUUGAAAUGUCACAUAUUGUAAUGACAUUUAUUGUGGGGGGGGGGGGGGGAGGGGUUGGUUUGUUGGAGAACAAAAAUUGAUUGGAAAGUGUUGCUUGUAAGAGGCAAUGUAUUUGUUGUCCUGCCUCGUAAUUUAUUUGAGUUUCCCGUUGAGAAGAUUAUAAUUAUGUGGGUUAUAUAUGAAAUGGUUAAUUUAUUGUAUCAAUAUUUCACUAUUGUUUGUGUGUAAGAUUUGUAUAAAGCCCAUGUUGAUGGAUGAUGAAGAAUCCAAUGAUGCAUUAAUUCUGGUAAA